CAUGUAAGUGAACAGUAGCAGUAGCUACAGUACUGUCGGUAGCUCGUUUCUCUGGAUGUGGCGACUGCGAAUACAAGCCUUAUUUUCUCUACAACACUCCGACAGAACGUUAUAGCUAUGUCUUAUAAAGGCUUUAUAAAUUAUAACAGUCGUGUCUCCAAAGAAGAGCAGGAGUUUUAUGAUUUAAAAAUUAAAGCUGCUGAAUAUUAUAGGGCAAACGGCGUCCCACAGAAGAUGGAGGGUGUCCUGAACGACAUGUUCUUUGAUAAGCCCGAUGAUAUUUAUGGUUACCUGGCAAAUUACUUCUCAAAAUUAUCAUCGCCACCUGUGAUAAGCAGAUUAUUGGGGAAAGAAACGUAUGAUGGAAAGGGUCAACUAUCCCUGCAGGCACAGGUCCUCUGCAUCAUCAAAAACGAAGAAAAGACGACAUGUUCUGCGGUGAUAUCAAGCCACAGUGAGGUCCUCGACAACAGUUUCCAGGACCCAAGUGGUGUGACCAAUAUCAACAAUGAUAAGAGGAGGGAUUCUGUGAUGGCCGCUCUCCACUGGAUCCAUGAAUCACUGAACACAAUCCUAAAGGGCUCUGAUCCCUGCGACCAGACAGGAGUGGAUAAAGUACUUAGUGAUUUCUUCAUGGCCCGCUACCUGGAGGACCAGGACAUUCGGAACAGAGAGAAGGAGAACCAGCCACCUAGUGUGCCUGUGCCUGAGCCAUCCCCUCCCACCGCACCCCCCAAAGACAAGAAGGGUGGAGACAAAGGCAAAAAAGGCAACAGCACAGAGAAGCCCAUUCCGCCUCCAGAGCCCUCAGAGCUGGUCCUGCCUGGCAGCAUGGCCAUUGGUUCAGUGUCCUUGGCUGUGGCCAAGACUGGGGCUCUACUGCAAUGCAUCCCCCUGUACAAGUACAUCAAAGCUCUGCGAAACCAACAACCGUGUCCAAAUGAGAUGCACAUCCCUGUGCCCUUGGUAACUUUGUUGAGCUGUGGCAAGAUGUCCCCAGGAAAACUCAAUUUACUGGAGGAAGUCAUUGUCAUCCCUAAAGCUGGACAAAGACUCAAACAAAUCAUUACAAUGGUACUUGAGCUUCAAAAGGAGAUGAUGAAAAUAAUGAACGCUGCUUCAAAAACAGGGCCUGUACUGACAACAGUGUCUGACUCUGGAGCCUUAGUUGUUGGGUAUGAGCGUCCUGAGCAGCCGCUCGAUCUAAUUACUGAAGCAUCUAACAAUCUUGGAUUGGCACUUGGAAAGGGGAUACAUUUAGCAGUAAACUGUGCUGCUCACAACCUAAUGGACUAUCCAAAAGGAAAGUAUGAAGUUAUUACAGGAACACCCAAGUCUCCUGAUGAACUAGUGGACAUGUAUGAGGCUUUGAUUAGUAAAUACCCAGCAGUCGUAGCUCUGAUCGAUCCUCUGCGAAAAGAGGAUGUGGAGCAGUGGGAGAGACUGAGCAGUGUGGUUGGAGGCUCGUGUAGCCUGCUCUCUGACAUCUCCUCCAAGCCCCAGUGUCACAGCUCACGGGAAGACGCCCCAUCUCUUCCAGGGGUCAGAGGGUAUAUCCUCAAUCAGAGCAAUGAGACCACAGUCACCGACCUGAUCCACGUCACCACAGAGAACAAAGGUACAGUGAUAAUUGGAACGACGUGCGGUGAGCCCUGCAGUGACGACGCCCUCUCAGAUGUGGUCGUAGGCCUGGGAGUUGGGUAUGUCAAACUGGGAGGUCUGAGUCGUGGAGAGCGGCUGACUAAAUACAACCGUCUGAUUUCUAUAGAGGAAGAAUUGGCCCAGCAGGGAAUACUGGAUUCAAGAAAACAACACACAUCCCCUCUCUUUGUUGGAGAAACGGAGGAGCAGUCAUCUACAUAAUAUUCUCGGGAACAAGGAUUAAACAAAAACCAUGUUUUUAUUCCAAAUUACAUUUUCUAUUUAUGUUCACAUCAAUAUAAUGUAAUUACAGGACUUAAAAUGAAUAGCUCAUACAAUCUAUUUAAAUGAUACACCAUUACAUUUUUGAAUGGAUUUUCAGCCUUCACUUAGUGCAAAUAGGUUUCACUCUAACCAAAUGAAGUCUUGGUCUGUAUUUUUUUACUGUCUUUUACUGUAUUUUAGCAACAAAACUGAAUUGAUCAAAAUUUGUUUGCAUUGCAAACUCUGAAAUAAACUGAAAAUUAUAUUUUAACAUAUAUUUUCAAAUUCCAAAGAAUAUACAUAUAUUUUUUAAAUACAUCUAAUUCAAUGUAAGGCACUGUGCUGUGGUCACCAUAUAAUAACCAUAGUUCUUGGUGUGGUUUAUUAAUAUUUUUCCAUUAUUGGUAUAAUACAGUGUGGACAACAGACGGGCUUUGUAUUCUGAGGUCUUCUUUCCUUCAGCAGAGAGCUGACUGCAGCAUUGACAGAUGCAGGUCUGUUGUAUGAAGAUAAAUAGAUAGAAAGGCACAUACAAACAAAAAUAUAAACACAACAAGUGUUUGUCACAAGUUUCAUGAACUGAAAUAAAAUACCCCAGACAUUUUCCAUACGCACAAAAAACUUUUUUCUCUUAGAUUUUGUGUACACAUUUUUUUACAUCCCUGUUAGUGAUCAUUUCUCAUUUGCCAAGAUAAUCCAUCCACCUGACAGGUGUGGCAUAUCAAGAAGCUGACUAAACAGCAUGAUCAUUACACAGGUGGACAUUGUGGUGGGGACAGUAAAAGGCCACUCUAAAAUGUGCAGUUUUGUCACGUAACACUAUUCCACAGAUGUCUCAAGUUUUGGGGCAGAGAGCAAUUGGCAUGCUGACUGCAAGAAUGUCCACCAGAGCUGUUGCCAAAAAAUGUAAUGUUAAUUUCUCUACCAUAAGCCAUCUCCAAUGUCAAUUUAGAGAAUUAGGCAGUAUGGGGUGGGGUUAUGGUAUGGACAGGCAUAAGCUACGGACAACGAACACAAUUGCAUUUUAUCGAUGCCAAUUUGAAUGCACAUUUUUUUAAAGGUUUAUGUGACCAACAGAUGCAUAUCAUAUAUCUGUAUUCCCAGUCAUGUGAAAUCCAUAGAUUAGGGCCUAAUGCAUUUAUUUAAAUUGACUGGUUUCCUCAUAUGAACUGUAACUCAGUAAAGUCUUUGAAAUUGUUAAA